UAAUUGUAAGAUAGACAUGAAACAACUGUGAUUAUAAUAACUUUUCUUGUAAUAUUACAUUGUUAAUAAAUGAAGAUAAUGAUAACUAACCUAGCAGAUUCGAAUAUAGAUCAAAGUUUGGAAACUUUUGAAAAAUUCGUCGGUAAAUUCGAUCUAUGGCGCAAUUCAUUGAGCAAACACCUCAAAAAUGACAGGGAUAUUUUGUUAGUAUUUAUGGCAAAGAAUAAUCCAGCAUUGGCCAUAACCUCACUAUUUAGAGAAUUAAAUGAUGAAUGUAAGCUAAUUUACGAUAAAGUAAAUGAGUUAUCGACAGCCGUUACAAAUGAUUACUUAAAGGCAUACACUAUCGGUAGAAACAUCCAUUCGUUAAUAAACUUACAUCCGAAGCUUAGAAACACUUUCGCACGUUACAAUGACAUGGCGUUAAUUUACAAUAAUUAUGUUACAAAAUUAAAUGAUUUAAUAAAUGAAAGUAAUUAUGCUAUUGUUUAUACCUCAGAUUCUAAUGAUAAAUUUAUGAUAUUAAAAGAUAAUUUGAUUGAACGAUUAAAUGAACUCAUGAAUGCUGGUGAAUGUAAUGAAUACGGGCAUAAAAUAUUGAUGCGCUGCAAAAGAAGUUUGACGAAGUUUUUACCAUGUGAUUUUUCAGACAAUUUUAAUAUUUUGCCGAUUAAUACUUUUAAUGAUGACUUUGAUUCGUCAACAAAUGACAGUUCGAUUAGAACUGUAUCGACUUAUUCUUCCUCUUCUUCUUCGUCUACAUCUUCUUCGUCUACAUCUUCUUCUUCAGAUUCUUCGACUGAUGAAGAAGCAUUGAAAAAUAUUGCGACUAAGAUGAAACUUGGAAAUGUUAAUCCAGACAAUAAUUUAUCUGAUGACUCUUCUAGUGAUGACAAUUUGAUACCUGAUGAUUCUUCUAGUGAUGAUAAUUUGGUGGCUGAUAAAAAUGGAGACAAAGAUUCUUCUAGUGAAGAUGAUACCACUGAAGAUUCUUCUAGUGAUGACAAUUUGGUGGCUGAUAAAAAUGGAGACAAAGAUUCUUCUAGUGAAGAUGAUACCACUGAAGAUUCUUCUAGUGAUGACAAUUUGGUGGCUGAUAAAAAAGGAGAUAAAGAUUCUUCAAGUGAAGAUGAUUCAGCUGAAAAUUCUUCUAGUGAUGACAAUUUGGUGGCUGAUAAAAAUGGAGACAAAGAUUCUUCUAGUGAAGAUGAUACCACUGAAGAUUCUUCUAGUGAUGACAAUUUGGUGGCUGAUAAAAAUGGAGAUAAAGAUUCUUCUAGUGAAGAUGAUUCAGGUGUAAAUUCUUCUAGUGAUGACAAUUUGGUGGCUGAUAAGAAUGGAGCUAAAGAUUCUUCUAGUGAAGAUGAUGCCACUGAAGAUUCUUCUAGUGAUGACAAUUUGGUGGCUGAUAAAAAUGGAGAUAAAGAUUCUUCUAGUGAAGAUGAUUCAGGUGUAAAUUCUUCUAGUGAUGACAAUUUGACAGCUGAUAAGAAUGGAGACAAAGAUUCUUCAAGUGAAGAUGACUCAUCUGAAAAUUCUUCUAGUGACAAUUUGGUGGCUGAUAAAAAUGGAGACAAAGAUUCCUCUAGUGAAGAUGAAAAUAAAAUUAAUAAAGAGAAAGUAAUGUUAUUGAAAGCGUAUGAUUCAAACGUUGACAGAUUUAGUAGAACGUUAUCAAAAAUAGAAAACAAAACUGAAGAUGCCGAUAGUUCUGAUGACGACUCUGACGCGCAAAUUGCUAAUAAUGAUGUUAAUCCAGAAAGUUCAAUGUCAGAUAUCAAAGAUUCAGAUAAUGAUGAAAAAAUAACCGAAAAGACGGAAACUGAUAGAAAUAAUCCAACAACUGAUAAUAUUGUAAAAAUUGAUGAUGGUAACGCUGAGCCGUCAAGAAAACGUAAAAUAACUCAAGUUGACGGCAUUGAUAACAUAUCGUCUUCGGAUGAUGGCGAUAGUGAAAAAUUUGAUGAAAAGGAAAAAAAGAUGAAAAGUUCUGAUUCCUCUGAAACUGAUUCUCAGUCAUCGGCACAAGUGCAAACACCAUCGAAUGAAGAAAAUUAAAAUUAGAAAUAGUGAACAAUUUAAACAAAUUAUUGGACAGAAAAAAAAUUUGUAGAGACGGUGAUUUACAGAAUUUUAUGACUUUCAUUCAUUAAAAUGAAAAUAAUUUUUUAAACGCUUCAAGCGCAAAAGUUAAGUGCUCACGAGAGGUAGAACUCUUGAUUCUUUUACUGACGUCAAAUAUUUUCUACAUUUUUUGCAGUAUGCUAAAGUAGUUGGAAGUGCAUUCCAUUUUGAAGCAAAUCUAUUAA